AUGUUGUCCCCUCCUUCAUCACGUAGACCGCCUCUUUCCCUGCCUCUCAGUCUUUUCACUUGUCGGACGCCACGGUGAAGUGUAGACCCAAGCCUUUGCUUUUCUGGGGGUGGGAAAAGCAGAAGUCUUCCUCUCUAUCUAAGGAAGAUUCUCUUCGAGACCACUUUGACUGAGACCCGUGACAUUUCAUCUGCCUUUUAUCGCCGCCGCCUUGCGAGCUCACUAUGGAUCCAAUGACUCAGUCCGCCCAGAUCUCGUCGUCACAGGGCUUGGGAGAUGGACAAAAUUCUGCUUCGAAGGAAUCAAAGCCAACCGAUUCCUUUCUUACCUCUUCGCCUGUAUCUCUCAUUCAGUCUUCACAAGACAAAAAGCUGGUGCUGGGUCCCGACAAGCCCUGUGAAGGCACAGCGACAUCCCUUCGCUUUUCUUCGCAACCUGGCUCUUUUUCUCCCUAUAAUUACGGAAGUGAUGUACAGCCAGAGUCUCCAAUAAAGACGUCUCCUGUUUCGGAGCGCAUAAAGGCUCUUGAAGCUCUUGCAGCCAAAAAGGAGACUGAUUUUAGAAGCAAUGAUUCUUUACACUUAAAAGAUCGUCAUCACGACAAAUCUCCCUCUGAUAUCGCAAAGCCUCCUACAGGGUUUCAGAAGCUUUCCACUGAGAAAAAUUUACCAGUUGUUGAAGUGAAAAGAGGCUCCACUGAUUAUGAUUCACCAGAAGCCCCCUUUGAGGUUCUUGGGGACUCAAGACAAGUGAAUGAAUUUGAAGAAACCGAAGCAUGGAUGAAGGCUCAUCUUCCGCCAGUGCCAGACUUCGAUGCUGAAACAUUAGUUAAAUGCGCCAUCACUUCAGAAUUGAAGCCAAUGGUGGUCAGUCCUGAUGCCCCUCCUUCUAUUACUAGUGUCCCGGACACUUUAAUGGAUUUUCCAAGUGAUCACAAUCAGAAAGGUUUGAUGGAUGGUCCACAGAAACUGGCAAGUGUUGAUGACCCAGACUUUGACCUUAACUUUCUGCCAACUACUGACAUGUGGGUUCAGCAGGACCAGUCAGGGUUCCUUGAUCCAUCAGGGCAGGAUACAAUGCUUCCAGAUUGCCCUGUAACUACUCUGGAUGUCAUGGGUGACAAAAUGAUCACUUGGACUGAAGAUUUGGAGCCAGCAGAGGCUAGGGAAGUAGACAGCUCAGAGGAGUCUGAUGAAACCGUUAUUGAAGAUGGCUUCACCCCUGUUGUACCCCCUCCAAACUCUACGUCUUCUCCAUGGGACAUUACCUGUCCUGAGACCUCAUCGCUUCCAGAGGAAAGGGUGAUGCCCCCUGCAAGAUCAGAGAGAAAACUAAUGCAGGUUCCCACAAUCAAUGUGAUAGAAACGGAAGAGCCAAACUGCAGUGAUGAUGAGAUGGAGAUAGAAUUUGAGACAGAGCACGAAGCCUAUGAGGUGGUCAAACAAGGUACAGCAACUGCAGAACCUGGUCUAGAAGACCGCAAUGAAGCACAUAACAGAAGGCCCCUUGAAACCGAAUUCAUAGAAGGCUAUUCUCCUCCUUCCUCUCCCGUAGAAUCAGAAGAUGAAUACUCUCCCAAACAAAAGAUAGUCAAAUCUCCUUUUGAUAUUGUCCAUGAAAAAUCAGCGCCAACAUUUAUAGACUCUGGAUGGGAUGUGUCCUAUCCACAACCUGAAAAAUGUAAGACUACUGCCACCUCUUUAGAUGUAAAGGAAGAUGUGAAUGUACCUGACAAAGAUGAGUGGUCAACUGAAUUCCAACAAAACUUUACUAAGACACACCAAACUGAUUUAAGUGUCCGGGAAAGCCCCAACAACAAGGCAGUAGCUGGUUUUUCUAAAAGCUUCAUGCGGGAUGACACGUAUGAUGGGCAAUCCUUUGAUUAUGAGCCUUUGUCUCCCUUCUCUGAGCUCGAGAUAAAGCCAAAAGGUCUAAAGGAUCACUUUCUGUCAGAUUCUUCUGAAGUGGUCACUGAAACCCAGGAUGCGUCACAUGAGAUAAUACUAAAAAGUGCAAAAGACCGCUUUAUGUCUGACUCGUCUGAAACCAAAACUGAAAGCCAGGACCCAUCGCAGAAUGAUAACGAGACAAAGUCAGUCAACCAUCGUUUUUCAAAUAGUCCCUCACAAAUUACGAACAACAGUAACACUGGAGAUGGUGCCCAUGAAAAGCCCACCAAGGUGCAGCAAGAUUCUAAAGUAGCUGACCCCUCACUUUCUGAGCCUGUGGAUAGCUUUGUAGAGUUCAUGCGAGAGUGCCUCAAAUCAAGCGAUUGUGAAGAGUCAAAUGACACUCAAGGUGUCGUGUAUGGUCAGCAGUCCCCUCCCACGAUGGUGAUGGAUAUUGAACAGGAACGUCUCACCAUCAGUGCUCUCAAACAGUUGGGCUGCAGUCAAGAGGAAGAGGAUGACACUACAUGUAUCCUGGUUGCUAAUGCUCCACAUAUCCAAAGCAACACACUCUGCUGUGACAGCACAUACUCUGAGGGUGUUGAAGCCAUCGACAUAUGGGUUGCAGAAGCCUAUCAUCUUGCGGAGCAUGUCUUGACAGCAAUACUAACCCACGUAUCAGUCAAGGAUCUGAUUCACUGGCGGGACCCCAAAAAGUCAGGCUUGGUUUUUGGACUGUCCAUGCUACUGCUGCUGUCGCUGGCCGCCUUCAGUGUCAUCAGCGUGGCGUCCUACCUGCUCCUGGCGCUGCUCUGCGUCACCAUCACCUUCCGCAUCUACAAGUCCGUCAUCCAGGCCGUGCAGAAGUCCAGCGAUGGCCACCCCUUUAAGUCGCUGAUGGAUAAGGAUGUCCGCAUUCCCCCAGAGACCUUCCGCAAGCACGUUGACGUCAGCCUGACCUACAUCAAUCGAGCCCUGAAGCAGAUGAGCCGCCUUUUCCUGGUGGAGGACCUUGUGGACUCCCUUAAGCUGGCUGUGGUCAUGUGGCUGUUGACCUAUGUUGGCGCUGUCUUCAAUGGCAUCACCAUCCUCAUCCUCGCUGACAUCCUCCUCUUCGCUGUGCCGCCCAUCUACGAGAAGAACAAGACCCAAAUUGAUCAGUACAUCGACGUGGCACGUAACCAGAUCAACACCACCAUGGCCAAGUUGCAAGAGAAACUACCCGGCGCCGUGAAGCGCAGCAAAACUGAAUGAUUGACCUCAGUUAAAAGAAAAAGAAAUCCUCAGUCCUCUUCAUCACCCUCCUUGACUCCCCUCCCCCCUUAACGCCUCAUCACCCACUCUCAACCAAGUACCACCUGUCUACACUGAACCUGGCUAGCUAGGAUCAUCUCUGAGCUCCUCAAUAUUUAAUGUCAAACUACUGAGCAGCUUCACUUGCAAGCAUUAAAAAAAUAAGUGUGCCAGUGAGGAAUGCGUGGCCAUGACCUCUCUGUGUGGCCGUGGCCACAUGAUGGAGUGCGGGCAAGCGGAGCGUGGUCAAGUGAACUAGACUGAAUCUAUGACCUGGUUUGAAGGGUGCAUGUUUGCGGCGCUUAAAGCAAAUGUCUGUACUAAAAAAAAAAACUAUUUCUGUAGAAGGUCAGGUAAUGAUGUAAGCCGGAAACAUUUUUAGGAAAAACAAACAGUGUAUUUAAAGAUAAAUCAAGACAAAAAUGGAUAUAUGCAUACUAACCUUGUAGGUGUCAUUGUGGCUAUUCUCAUCCUGCUGUCCCUGCUCUGCUUAGAUUGAGUCCUCAUUUUUAGAAGCAGGUCAUGGGCUUGCUUGUAAAGCUGCACAGGCAGCAAUUGGUGUGUAAGUUUCUGCAAUGCACUGAACUUUUAUGUUGAAACCCAGCGAGCAGGUGGAAAUAAAAGCAUUUGGAACACUGAGCCAGCUGUGAUAAUUUAGUCUAGUUCACCAUCUUUGCAGCCAGCAGUCCUCGCUUGUGGUGCAUGCAUCUAUACAGUACACUUAAAGAUCUACUUACUGCUGUCACUGAGGAGAAUGGAGCUCAAUGAGCAUCAUAAUUAGAAGCAAGUCAGGGAUCAGAUCAUGAACCUGGGGGAAAGCGGUGUCCUUGAUUGCUAACAUUGCAAUUAAAAGAAAAUGUUAAAUGUAACUCUUUUUAAAUGCUUUACCGCGAUUUUGAGACGAAUACUAGUUUAUGUAGCUUUUUGGAGUAAGGAGGCUGUUUUUCCCCCCAAUGUUUUGGACUGCUGUAAGGCUCACACGCUUAGAAGCAAGUUCUCACCCUGAAUAUAGGCUGUAUCAUAUUCCCCUUCUCCACUUAAGUUUAUGUCCAUUUUUUAAUUGACUCGUGAUCGUUUCAGUGGUUUGAUUAGUUUUAUAGCGCUGCAAUUAUACCGAAGGGAGUAAAAUGAGGCUACGUGGCUGUGUUUCUGUUCAUGAUCCCAGACGUAAGUUUGCAUGCAGUGAAAGUGGCUAAUUAUGGAUGAGUGUCCUAUCAAUGCAGUCCAAUGUGUCCGAUCGACUACUAUUACUUCUACUGCUAAAUGUGUUUUCACUGGUCUGACAUUCCGUGCCAUGCAUGCCAUCUGUGGUGUCAUCCCACCCCUCUCCUCAUCAUGCAUCGUUUUUCAUUCAUACUUUGGAUGCUAAAGCCAAAUUAUGCAGAGACUGUGUGCAUUUCAGUUUGUCUCAUCAUAGAUUAUCAAUUGGCAUGAUUAUUGACGCUUUAGUUGCUUUAAAGCUUCCUGCAAGGCUCGAUAGGUGUCCGCCAUACAGAAUCAUAGCUGGCUUUCUUUUGAGUGUAAUACUUCUAUAAGUGCACACACACAAGCUAUAUAAUGGAUUAUUACUCUUAACCAGUUUGCUGAAAAAAGCAUGUUGAUUUCCUCGGUUCAUUGGGAAUGGGAGAGUGUGACAGGAGCGUUGUCUUUUUUUUUUUUUUUUUUUUUUUUGGUCUCCCGUCAAGCCGUGUUGUGCUUUUGACCCGUUUGUACGAUGUUCACUAAGAUCAGCUCUGUUUUUGUAUUAGCUAGGACUUUGGUUCUACUUUGAGAGAAAAAGAAAAUUAAAAAGAAAUGUGAUUUCUGUAUUCAUGUCAAAGUGAAAUUAAUAAAAACACGUAAAAGGAC